AAAACAUGAACACUCUUAACAACCAAACUGCAAUCGAAGCACAAGAAGCCGCUGAGCCAAUCAGCCAAGAGCAACUUAUUGCUCAAACCAACUUCAGCUACCAAUAUCAAGAUGAUAGCAACCAAAAAGAAGCACUAGAGCUAGCAGUUAGCCACCAGCAACAUCAGAUCCAACAAAAUGAUCUGAAUUUCCAGCCUCAAGCUCCUUCUCAGAUUCUAGAGAGCCAAGAGAUCUCUCUACCGACAGAAGCUCCUCAGGAAGAUAUGACUCAGCAAUACUUGGAGGCUGUUGCGCACCAGAACAUGGACAUCAAUCAACAAAACCUUCAAGUUGAAGCCUUUCAACAACAAGUUCCUCAGAUGGGAGUUCCCCAACAACAAGUUCCACAAAUGGAGAUUGCUCAGCCCCAAAUAUCUUAUCCUCUCGAUAAUAUCCAGACAAUUCCCAACGCUCAGCUAGCUGCUCAAGACCACAAUGAGCAGAACACCAGCUUAGGAUACAUCUCUGCAAACAACCAGGCUCCAGUAGAAAACUCUAACUUAGAAGCUAGCGAAGGCUUAGAAAUGUUAACUGGAAACUAUCAGCAGCCAGUUGAGCAGGAUAAAGAGAUUGAGUCACAGCUCAAUGCCUUAAACCUGAGUGACAGGAAGAAGCAAGUGUCUGCGCUAGAAAUAGCUCAGACGACAACUCCCUGCGUGCUCAGACCGAGAGAUAGAGCACCUCAGCAGCCUAUUGUCAGGAGGAAGCAAAAAGAAGUCAACCGUCCUCCAAUGACUGUUGAUCAGGUCUUCAUCAAAGAGAACAUGUGUGACCACCAAAUUGUCUGUGACAUCUGAAAAUGAGAGAGUUAUGAAGAAGGAGACGAAAUUGUCAUCUGAGAGACUUGUAAUGUUGCAGUCCAUCAGAGUUGCUACGGAAGAGAGAUCAAUGACUCAGUUCCCAUGGACGACUGGCACUGCGAGAGAUGCAAAUAUAUCAACGAGAAAAAGAAUGGAGACUUCUCCCAAGCUUCCUGCAGACUUUGCCACAAAAACAAAGGAUGCAUUAUUAGAGUAGGCAUGUACUGGUACCACACCCAAUGAGUCAACUGGACCUCAGAGAUUUACUUUGGGGAUAGUCAAAAGAAGGAUAAACUAGAAGGAUCUCUAGCCAAAGAUGGUUGCACUCAAGUUGCAAAAGAUACUUGUGUUUAUUGCAAAAUCCCAGACUGCUAUUGAAUCAAGUGAGACAUUUUGGGAUGAAACGAAAAGUUUUGAGUCAGGUGUGCAUCUGAAAGAGGAAUCAUCAAGCCAGAUGGCCAUAUGGACCACCUAAAACAUCCAGAUCUUGAAGACGUGGUUUAUAUCUUUUGAAAGAAUCAUGAAGCAGAAGGAAUUGAUCUGAUACAGAAGAAAGAUUUUGGAAAACUGAGAGUAGAUCCAAUGAAAAUGAUGAGUGAAGCUAAGAAGCUUGUUCAAAAGGCAAAGAAGACAUCAAAUCGCAAAAAAAAAGAGAUAGGACUGUCAAGAAGCAAAAGUGUAUGAGUUGUUGAUAAGGAUCAGAGUAGAGUCAAAGAACUUGAGCUCCAGUGAGAUACUUUGAAAAAGCAAUAUGCUAAAAUUUCAAGUCUUCUUACAACAGGGCUCUUAGGAGGAAAUAUUAAUUCUAAAAACCUGGCCUCUGUAGCACUACAAGGUAUACAGGGGACAUCUCCAAGUACCUCAAAAACACAGAGAAAGUCUGAGAGAAAAGGCAAAAAGAGAGAAAAACUAAGUUGAGAAAAAAAGGCUAAGAAGAGCAAAGCUGUAGCGAAGCAGAAAUUGCUUCAAGGUAGAAAAAGGAACUCUGACCGUAAAGUCAGAUCGAAAAAAUCUAACUCUGAUAGUGAGUCUACAAAUGAUCUUAGCGAAGUUGACCAAGUCAUGAAUCAAUUUGAGAAGAGCAUGACCUUGAAUGAACAGAAACAAAAGAAGAAAAGAGGUAGGAAGGCAACAUCGAAGAGGAAUACGGAAAUAGCAAAUAGUAUCCCAAGCUUUGGACAAUGUACAAAGUUUAGAGUAUCAGAAGAGGUGAUGGGAUAUUUUUCUCUCAAGAAUGAAGUACUCACAUGCAAAGAGCUUCAACAAUGAAUCAUUCAGUAUUUUGAGGCGAAAUCAAUGUAUGAUUCUGAACUAAAGUUAGUGCAAGCCUACCUUUGUCCAAGAGCUUUGAAGCUUUACAACCGUGAUAUUGUGCCUUUGAGUCAAGUAGUUCUUGGAUUAGUUCAAACAAAACAUAUUGCUAUGGAUUCCCCUCUUACGAAGAAAGCUACUGAAAAGGUAAGCUUAGUUCCAAAGGUGCAAAGAUCUGCUAGAAGGAGCAAAAGAGUAGCAAAUCAGAUUAAGAAUGGGACAUCAAAACCUCCAAUUCCUUCCAAAUCGCUCGAAAGCUUGAUGGGAACAGAUGAACUUGCAUUGAAGGGAUUAAUGAAGCUUGCUCAAAAUCCUCAGCUUCUCGCUCAACUUUCGAAAGGAGUCUAA